UCUAUAUAGUUUCUCGUUCGCGAUUCAGAUCGCGUUUGGACUUCGGAGGAGACGUUCGUUUGCCAGCUUUAUACUUUCUAGUAUAUACAUACAUUAUAGUGUUCAUAGAAAAGUUGAGUCCACCAUGUCGAAGCCAGCUCUGUAUUACGCCACACUAAGCCCCCCAUCCCGCGCCGUCCUGCUCACGGCCAAGGCGAUCGGACUCGACCUUGAACUAAGGCCAAUUAACCUGCUGAAGGGUGAGCAUUUGACGCCGGAAUUCCUCAAGAUGAAUCCCCAACACACGAUUCCGACGCUGAUCGAUGGCGAAGCCACGAUCAUUGACUCACAUGCCAUAUGCGCCUACCUGGUGGAGAAGUACGGCAAGGAGCAGCAGCAGCUGUACCCCAAGGACCUGGUGCAACGCGCCAACGUGGAUGCCCGUCUCCAUCUGGACUCUGGCCACCUGUUCGCCCGCCUGCGGUUCCUCUACGAGCCGAUCCUGUACCACGGGUCCACGGACUGCUCCAUCGACAAGAUCGCGUACAUCCAGAAGUGCUGGGAGAUCCUGGAGGGCUUCCUCAAGGAGGACGAGUACCUGUGCGGCAGCGAACUGACCAUCGCAGACUUCUGCGCCGUGGCCACUGUGGCAUCGGUCAACGAUGCCGCUCCCAUCGAUGAGUUCAAGUUUCCAAAAGUGCACGGCUGGCUGAAGCGCCUGGCAGAGUUGCCCUACUACCAGGAGGUGAACGGCGAUGGAGCCGAUGAGCUGAAGGCCAUCUUUAAGGCCAAGUUGGCGGAGAACCGCGGCAAGUAGUCGGCGGGGGCGGAUCUCUCCCGUUUUUAUUCUGUAACCACACACUCUAUAUGCAUAUCCAGUUUGAAUAAACGUCUAUAGUUCGAA